GGUCCUACCUCCUGCAGACCGAUCCACGUGCUGACGUAGCAGUGCGUAAUGUGAGGACUACCGUGGGGCGGUACCAUAGGGCUGAACGCGGGAGUCGUGCAACGUGAACUGAUGUUAGACAACUUCUACUCACAUAUAAAUAUUUAUCCUGUGUUUGUUUCACGCGUCUCUUCCCUUGACACCACGCAGCCCGACACGCGGUGCGAUGUUGAGCCCCAAGCUGCUGACCCUGGUGCUGGUGGUGCAGCCCGGCCGGGUGCUGCUGGGCAUGAAGAAGAGGGGCUUCGGGGUAGGGAAGUGGAACGGCUUCGGGGGCAAAGUUCAGCCCGGAGAGGGCAUCGAAGAGGCCGCGAGGAGGGAACUGCAAGAAGAAAGUGGGCUCACAGUGGACGCUCUCCAGAAGGUCGGAAACAUAAAGUUUGAGUUCGUCGGAGAACCGCAGCUGCUGGACGUCCACGUUUUCAGGGCGGAUGCUUUCAACGGAGACCCGACAGAGUCCGACGAGAUGAGGCCUCAGUGGUUCGACUGUGAUCAAAUUCCCUUCAGUGAAAUGUGGGCUGAUGACAUCAUGUGGUUCCCUCUGUUGCUGCAGAAGAAGAAGUUUGUCGGAUACUUUAAGUUCCAGGGCCACGACGUGAUCCUCAGCCACACGCUGGAAGAGGUGGACGAGGUCUGAGAUGAUAAUAUGGCCGGUGAUGAAACUGUAUAUGAGACGGACCAAAACAUAAUUAGCUGUAGAUAUCAAACACUGAAGAUAUCUAACUGUUGAAUGUUCUUGUUCACUCCGUUUGUCGGAAGAACACGUUCCUGACUACUUUCAAAAACGGUUUAAGCUGAAGAUGUAGUGUUUACAUAUCUGUUCAUUAUUCUAUCAUGUAUUCAUAUCUGUGUAUACCUCCACCAAGGCCACAGUCCUCUAAGGAAGCCCCAUUUAAAUCCACUAGAUCUGGAUUUACAUUUGGAUUCUGCUGACAAACAAGCAAACCAACAGACAGGGCAGAAAACACACUUCCUUGGUGGAGGUGAAACAAAAUCACAGCAUCAGUGCAACGAGAGAUUUUUUCAAUUCUGUCAUUUUAUUUUUCAGGAUAUUCGGUUUAACAUCAUUCAGCAAGUUCUUUUUUUUUUCUUUGAUAGAAUAUUUACAAUAUUUACAGUGAUAAUUUUAUUGGGUUUCCUUUCUGUGCAAGAUCAUUUGAUUCCCAAUGCGAUUUCUGUUUCCAAAAACCCAAACAUUUCAUUUUUUCUUUAUAAAAUACCUGUUGAUAACUAUGUGCACUUUUUCUGAUUUGCAUAUCGGCACCUUUCAUUUCCACACAGUCAGUUCAGGGCAAAGAUAAAAUCAUCUGGUGUUAACGUCAAAAAUGUCCCUUUGACUUUAGAUUUCUUUUUUUAUUUCUUUGUAAAUAUAUAAUGUUCCAAUAAACAGUGCAGACACA